AUGCCCUCGUCAGAAAGCGAACAUGCCAGAGCGAAAGUCUUUCCUCGACUAGUUGAAUCGACACCCUCACUCACCAAGACCUUCCCGAAAACCGGGAUAAAGUCAACGCAAAGGGAUUUCCAUCGUUAUGUGCACCUCCACCAGGGGCUCCAUAGAUAUCCUUCAGGUCGCCCUUCAACGCACGAGCUCGGUGAAAAUGAUGAAACCUCAUCAUUGGCAUCUCAUUCUUCGUCGUUCAUGGAAAACAAACAUGUUGUAGAGCCACCAUCCUGGUCGCGCGUCGCCUACACAUCUUUGAUCUGGUGGGCAUCAGCCGGUGAUCGCCGAGGAGGCUUCUCGGAGAUGGAAGAGAUAGAAAUGGAACGAGAUCUGGCAUUACUGCACGAUGAAAGCGAUGAAGAACAGAUCAGAGAGGUUGCAGUUGUUGCUUAUUUCCACCGCUUGACCAAUCUCAUCUUUAUGACGAUUGCUGAAGCAGUUGCUCGUGCUGAUGGGCACGACUUGGAUGAGAGUGCAUCGUAUCACGAUGAGUCGAGAGAAGGCAGCCCAGUUGCGGACUGUUCUGUUGAGCAUGACUCACCUAUUGAUAAUGAGGACGAUGUCACCCAAGGCCUUCUCUCAAGUCUGGAUCAAAAUAGCCCGGUGGACAUUACUCAGGACGAUAUGACAGCUAUGGGGUUGGACAGUUGGAGUCCUUCUGACAAAGUUUUUAUCGAAGAGAUGCUCUCUCUGUGGUGGGGUAGAAAGGCCAACGUUCGAGCAGCGUCCGUGGAGUGCUGUGGCCUCAAAGUGCUGUAA